AUCGAAUGGCGUUUCGGUGUGUUUUGCAUAGGUUUGUCGUUGUGCACCUCGUUUAAAUUGAAAAAUGCCGCGUGCUAAGAAAGUUGUAAGUUUUCAAUCAGCCUGAAAGUGCAGUAGACAUCGUAGACUUUGAGUUAUUGCAAAAGUUUUAUUGCUUUACAUCUGUUUUGCAUGAAAAAACGUUGGCAGAGAAAAAAUGAUAUUUUAGUUUUUGCCUUAUGCAGUUUUGAUUCUUAUCUUUUGACACUGUUUUGCUAGUCAAAAAAAGCCAUGGACGACGAAGAUUUAUCUGGAAGUGAUUUUGAUGACGAUGAAGAUCCUGACAAAAUUGAGGUUCCGGGAGGUGGUAAAGAUCUCGCUACAGCCGCCGCAAUUGGAGAGAACCGAGAUAUUAAACUGAAACAAGAAAAAGAUUUGAAGCCAGACAUUAAAUUGAGGCAAAUGGGUGCAAUGGGAAUGAAUAGCAAAAUGAUGGGUGGCAUCCCAGGAAUGAAUUUGCAUCCUAGCGCAUACGACAUGAUGAGGCAACCUAUGGGUCCCCCAUUUGGCGCUCCGACAAAUUCGGCCCACAUGGGCAAUCUUGCCGCGAUGGCCUCAAUGCUGAGCAGUAUUACAGGAGGACCCAUGGCCAACAUGUUCGGUGUUGGGCACCAGGGAGGGCCAGGAGGCUCCGGUGGGGCCUCCGCUUCUGCUGCUGCUUUUAAUGCAGCUCAAUUCUUGCAGCAGAUGGAAAUGGCAGCAUUUGGAAUGGGCGGAAAUCCAUACGGAAAUCCAAUUUUGCAAAAUUUAUCUGCUAUGUUAUACAAUACCAACCCAAUGGCUCCAUGGGGUGGUCAACUUAGUAAUAAGGCUGUUCAACAAAUGUGGAUGAAUCCAAUGGACAGCAAAUCGAUGCCCCAGCAUCAAGACGAAGAGGAAGUGGAUGACGAAGAAUUAGGAGUUGCUGAAACGUAUGCGGAUUAUAUGCCUUCUAAAUUGAAACUAGGAAAAAAACAUCCAGAUCCAGUAGUGGAGACAGCUUCGUUAUCUUCGGUAGCCCCAGUAGAUGUAUGGUAUACUGUGUCUAUCCCUGAAGAGACAAUUAAGACGGGAGCAUUAUCAGCUUUACAAUUGGAAAGUAUUACAUAUACGUCACAAGCACACGAAAAUAUUUUACCUGGUGGAAGUAGGGCAGGAUUUUUAAUAGGGGAUGGUGCUGGUGUAGGUAAAGGCCGAACAAUUGCCGGAAUUAUAUAUGAAAAUUACCUAAAGGGUCGUAAAAGAGCUAUUUGGGUAUCUGUAUCUAAUGAUCUAAAAUACGACGCGGAACGUGAUCUGCGCGAUAUUGGAGCUGGGAAAAUUGAGGUUCAUCCACUCAAUAAGUUCAAAUAUGCCAAAAUUUCCUCAGCUGUCAACAAUAAUGUAAAGAGAGGUGUUAUAUUCAGCACGUACUCGGCAUUAAUCGGUGAAAGUAACUCGGCUGGAGGAAAAUACAAGUCGCGCUUAAAACAGCUUCUCCAAUGGUGUGGGCAAGACUUUGAUGGUCUGAUUAUUUUUGAUGAGUGCCAUCGAGCAAAGAAUUUAUGUCCGGUUGGUUCGUCGAAGCCAACAAAAACUGGUUUAACCGUUCUAGAGGUUCAAAAUAAAUUACCGAAAGCUCGGGUAGUGUAUGCUUCUGCUACUGGGGCUUCUGAACCACGAAAUAUGGCCUAUAUGGUACGAUUGGGCUUGUGGGGCGAGGGUACUCCAUUUAAUGAAUUUGCGGAUUUCAUUUCGGCUGUGGAGAAACGUGGGGUUGGUGCCAUGGAGAUUGUUGCAAUGGAUAUGAAAUUACGAGGAAUGUACAUUGCUAGACAAUUAAGUUUUCAUGGGGUGGCUUUCAAAAUUGAAGAAGUGCCACUGUCAAGAGACUUUGAGAAAGUGUAUGAUGCCAGUGUGAAAUUAUGGGUAGAAGCAAUGCAAAAAUUUAAUGAAGCGGCUGAGCUUGUCGACGCCGAAAACCGCAUGAGAAAAACUAUGUGGGGCCAGUUUUGGUCUGCUCAUCAAAGGUUUUUUAAAUACCUUUGCAUUGCCGCCAAGGUUCCACAUGCAGUUGCAGUGGCGCAUGAAGCGAUUAAAAUGGGCAAAUGUGUAGUUAUAGGUUUACAGAGUACAGGAGAAGCAAGAACAUUGGAGCAACUCGAGCGAGACGAUGGAGAACUGACUGAUUUUGUAUCUACUGCUAAAGGCGUCUUUCAAACGUUGGUUGAGAAACAUUUUCCUGCACCUGACAGAACCAGAAUACAUAAACUGUUGGGAAUAGGGGCAGGAAGUGAAUUGGCAAAAAAAUUGUCAAACGGCAACUCGGACGAAGGAAGUUCGUCCCAAAAACGCAAGCCAGUGAGGCAAGCUGCACAACGCGCGGUGAAGCGAAAUAAGUGGUCUACUUCAGACACGGACAAUAGUGAGAAAAGUGAUUCCGACUUUCAGAUGUCAGACAACGAAAGUGAGAUUUCGGACGGGCAUAGCGAUUCUAACCAGUCUAGUGAUUUCAAUCCUUUCAAUUCGGAUAGCGAUUCGGAUAACGACCCAUGGAGCAGAAAUAAGAAAAAGGGCAAAAAACAGAAAAAAGCUCCUAAAAAACGACAAUCCACACAAGAUAAAUUAUCAGUUUUGUUAACUCAAAAAACCACUAAAGCCAAAGCGAAUGGAGGUUCUGAUAUUAAUUCAUCAGCCCCCCCGAUGGAUGCUAUAGAAAGAGCAUGCAGCAUGAAAGAAGAGUUGCUACGUGCAAUAGAAAGGCUGGGCGAAAAAUUACCCCCUAAUACUCUAGAUCAACUAAUUGACGAAUUAGGUGGUCCAGAAAAUGUUGCAGAAAUGACUGGUAGAAAAGGCAGGGUGGUUCAAACGGAAGACGGGGGUAUUCAGUAUGAAAGCAGAUCGGAAAUUGACGUACCACUAGAAACUUUGAACUUGACAGAGAAACAAAGGUUUAUGGAUGGAGAAAAGGAUGUUGCAAUUAUUUCCGAGGCGGCGUCUAGUGGUAUUUCAUUACAAAGCGAUCGGAGAGUGAAAAAUCAACGACGUAGAGUACAUAUCACGUUAGAAUUGCCUUGGUCUGCAGAUAGAGCAAUUCAGCAAUUUGGUAGAACGCAUCGAAGCAAUCAAGUGAACGCACCAGAAUAUAUAUUUUUGAUAUCUGAUCUGGCCGGUGAAAGAAGGUUUGCAUCUAUUGUUGCCAAAAGGCUAGAAAGCUUGGGCGCUUUAACACAUGGUGAUCGGAGAGCUACUGAAACUAGGGAUCUGAGCCAAUUUAAUAUCGAUAAUAAAUAUGGCCGAGCCGCCUUAGAAGCCACCAUGAAAGCUAUAAUGGGUUAUGAAAAACCAGUUGUCCUUCCCCCUGAAGACUACAAAGGGGAAUUUUUCAAAGAUGUUGCUGGCGCUUUGGUUGGCGUUGGCCUUAUAGUAAAUAGUGAAAAUAUGCCAGGAGUAUUAUCCUUGGAUAAAGACUACAAUAAUAUGUCAAAGUUCCUUAAUCGCAUUCUUGGUAUGCCAGUAGAAUUGCAAAAUAGAUUAUUUAAGUACUUUACGGAUACCCUAGCCGCUAUCAUAACACAGGCGAAAAGAAGCGGACGGUUUGAUUUGGGUAUUUUAGAUUUGGGUGCUGGAGGGGAAGUAGUAAAACGCGCGCGUUUGGUUACGUUUCUCAGGAAACAUGCUACAGGAACAGCUCCUACUGAACUACAUACAGUUCAUGUGGAACGAGGAAUGGCCUGGCCAGAAGCUUUGGACAAAUUUUCCGAGUUGACAAGCGAAAGUGAAGGCUUUUGGUUAUCCCAUCAGGCUAGAAAUGCUAAACAUACAGCUAUUCUUGCCAUUGCUGUAGAGGGAGGCAACACCAACUCUAAUAAAAAGAAAUCAGAAAGCAAAAAAGAACAAAUGUUCUCCGUUUAUAGGCCUAACACAGGUUUGCAAUUUAGACAGGAAAGUUUGGCUGAACUUGAGAAAAAGUACAAAAAGGUGGACUCUGCUGACGCUGAAAAAUCAUGGACUGAGCAAUAUGACUCUUCAGUUAACACAUGUUCGCAUGCUUUUUGGAGAGGAAAUUGUCGAAAUGCUACCGCUGGUCACGAAUGUGAAGUCGGUUUACGCAGACGUACAUAUCAUGUGGUAAGCGGGAGCGUCCUGUCGGUUUGGAGUAGAGUUGAAGCUGUUUUAGCCGCAAGAGGAGGCGUUCAGAACAAAAUGCAAGUCAUUAGGUUAAGAACGGAAGAAGAUUUAAAAGUUGUAGGUACCGUAAUCCCCAAAAAUUGUGUAGAUGCACUUAUAGAGGCUCUUUCGUCUGAUGCUGAAAAAGUGGAGGAAAAGGCGUUUUAAAAGCCACGAUAGACUGAUUUGGAAUGGAAGGCUUUUCAUUUUUUGAUAUUUUGAAACUGUUACAGGGCUAAAAAGUAUUUACAAGGCACUUUUUUCUGCAAAAGUCCAUUGACUGUAAUAUAGCAUAGGUUAGUAUUGAGCAACAGCAGAGAAAACAGGAUAGAUGCAGGAGUGUAAACUACAAGACAUGUAUGUUUUUGGUUUGGUUGUAAUGAGCGAUUAAAGAAAUUUGCCCUUCGUCAA